AAUUCUUCAGUCUGCUUUUGUUUAACAGGCAGUCCCAUGUCUGUCUGACCACAGAACAGACACUGUUUGCAGUGGGCGGUGAAUUUCCAGUUUCAAGAGCAGGGAAUAGAUGGCUCUUAGUGAAAGUUUAUACAGAAGAGCUGGAAAAAGCCAACUUUUUUCCCUUUGGGGCACGCGGGGACCUUCGCUUUUGGUAGAUGUUAAGGAACUGAUGUAUCUGUUUUGAGCAGCAAUAUUCUCUUUGCUGGAGAGCUGAAAUGCGUUCCUGAGUUUUCCUUUGUAUAUGCAAGUUAAAUGAGGAGGUGAAAUGCAGACUGGAAAAAUGAUCCUUUUUGAAGAACAGUGGAGAGAAUGUUAGCUGCCUCUUCCGCCGACCCCACGAAAGCAGGUGUGGGUGAGAAGAACGAGCUUGUUAGGUUUAGAGAGACAUCAUUCCUCUGCAGUCCUGGAAAACGGAGUGAAAGUUUGUGAUUUCUUCUUGGCUGCCUUGUCCCCUCUCCAGAGCACCGUGAUGGGCCGUGUAACUUUGUCUUUCUGAAGACUGCCCAUAGAAUGAGGUCAGUAAUCCUGCUUCUCUCACAUCCCCUAUACGUGAGGAGGCAGAAACCGAAGAUGAGAUGUUGACGGUAAAGUAUUUCCUGGAAGAAAUGAGUGACAGAUAGAAAUCAGCCUUGUAAUUAAAAAAAAUCCAACCCCAAAGAGCAGCUUGUUUGUCUCUGAAGCUGCCCAUUUCCCUAGCGCUUCCCCUGGUUCCCUAGCAGAAGUGGUAUGGUCCUGCUGAAAGAUGAGAGAGGUAAAGAGAGAGGCAGGGCUUGGGUGGCCCCCUUGCUGUGGGUGUGGCUCGGAAAAGUGCUGGGGUCUCUAACAGAGAACCCAGGUCAAGAGACAAUCUAGAAUUAGGAUUAUUCCAGCCUAAUUUUGAAUGCUCAGAUGAAUAGAUCCACACUGGAGUAGGCAAGAAGAAAUGCAAUACAGAUUUUAUAAAAAGGGGAGUGGGAAUUUGCUAAGCUCUUUUCUGGACUGCUCUGAAGAAUUCAGACAAAGGGAGGAAACUUCUCCACACUAGUUCCUUCAUUAUUCAUCGUUGCUUCUGGACCAUUCGUUUUUCCCAGACUAUCCUUAACCAUCCAGUCAGACUCCUGACAGAACAAACCAGACUGGAAUGUCUCCUCACUCAGCUGUAUGGACCAAUUAUAUAUUUUUGUGUAUAGAUUUUGUGAUCAAAGGCCAGCACCCAAACGAACAGAGCAGGAGCGAAUUUCAUAUACACCUCCCGAGAGCCCAGUGCCGAGUUACGCUUCCUCGACUCCACUUCAUGUUCCAGUGCCCCGAGCGCUCAGGAUGGAGGAAGACUCGAUCCGCCUGCCCGCGCACCUGCGCUUGCAGCCAAUUUACUGGAGCAGGGAUGACGUAGCCCAGUGGCUCAAGUGGGCUGAAAAUGAGUUUUCUUUAAGGCCAAUUGACAGCAACACGUUUGAAAUGAAUGGCAAAGCUCUCCUGCUGCUGACCAAAGAGGACUUUCGCUAUCGAUCUCCUCAUUCAGGUGAUGUACUCUAUGAACUCCUUCAGCAUAUUCUGAAGCAGAGGAAACCUCGGAUUCUUUUUUCACCAUUCUUCCACCCCGGAAACUCAAUCCACACACAGCCGGAAGUCAUACUGCAUCAGAACCACGAAGAAGGUACCCGAGAUAGUUGUGUCCAGAGGACCCCAAGGCCGUCAGUGGAGACUGUGCACCACAACCCUCCCACCAUUGAACUGUUGCACCGCUCUAGAUCACCCAUCACGACAAAUCACCGGCCGUCUCCUGACCCUGAGCAGCGGCCCCUCCGGUCCCCCCUGGACAACAUGAUUCGUCGCCUCUCCCCGGCCGAGAGGGCCCAGGGACCAAGGCUCCACCAGGAGAACAACCACCAGGAGUCCUACCCCCUGUCAGUGUCUCCCAUAGAGAAUAAUCACUGCCCACCGUCCUCCGAGUCCCACCAGAAGCCAUCCAGCCCCCGUCAGGAGAGCACACGCGUGAUCCAGCUGAUGCCCAGCCCCAUCAUGCACCCUUUGAUCUUGAACCCCCGGCACUCCGUGGAUUUCAAACAGUCCAGGCUAUCCGAGGACGGGCUGCAUCGGGAAGGGAAACCCAUCAACCUGUCGCACCGGGAAGACCUGACAUACAUGAACCACAUCAUGGUCUCCGUCUCCCCGCCCGAGGAGCACGCCAUGCCCAUUGGGAGGAUAGCAGACUGUAGACUGCUUUGGGAUUACGUCUAUCAGUUGCUUUCUGACAGCCGGUACGAAAACUUCAUCCGAUGGGAGGACAAAGAAUCCAAAAUAUUCCGGAUAGUGGAUCCCAAUGGACUGGCUCGACUGUGGGGAAACCAUAAGAACAGAACAAACAUGACCUAUGAGAAAAUGUCCAGAGCCCUGCGCCACUACUACAAACUAAACAUUAUCAGGAAGGAGCCAGGACAAAGGCUUUUGUUCAGGUUCAUGAAAACCCCUGAUGAAAUCAUGAGCGGCCGAACAGACCGUCUGGAGCACCUUGAGUCCCAGGAGCUGGAUGAACAAAUAUACCAAGAAGACGAGUGCUGAAGGCACCGACCCCCCAUCUCAGCGGGCCGCAGCCGAGAGAGCCCCUGCCCACCAGGACUGCCGGAGACGGGACGGAGCCAGCGGGCUGAGGGGAGUAGAAAGGGAAGAGACCCAGGAAUGGGAGGGACACUUCUCUUACAUACCAGGAGGGACCCCAGAGCACCUUAGACAAACCACCCAGCAAAGGCGGGGCUGGAACUCUGGCCGAGGGCACGAGCCUGGGACUCGCGUUUCAUGUUCCCUGCUCAUUUGGAAUCUGUCUAUCUGUAAUUCCUCACCCUCACCCUUCCGCCUACUGUUAGUUUCAUGGUGUUUUUGUUUUUGUUUUUGUUUUUUAAGACCAUGCAGUUUGACUUUUCAUCAUUCAUCUAGAGGAAGACACCCAAGGUUGUUUUCCUAUGGAAAUAUAUAUCUGUUAUAUAUAUGUAUUUUUUUUGCAAAUCUCACAAAGUGUGGCAAACCCAGUUGGUCAGGGAAAAGAAUACUUGUGAAAAGGUCCAAGUUCCUCUUUCUCCUGCCACGUGGAUCAGGUCUGUUCCUGUUGCUAUUAGACUUUGGCUAGGCGGGGGGAAAAGAUGCUUUUAAAAUAGAUAAAGUGAAAAGGAGAGCUCUCUUUUUCUCUCCUGCUCGCUUUCCUUCCCUGUGCCCCUGCUCCCAAGAGUUCAGCCUCUUGGAGAGUCUGGGGAGCACUUGGCACCUAAGCAGAAUGGGCGGCCUGGGUGCUUUGGGGCCAGCACCGCUAAAUGAAACGCACGCCCCGGCAUGUGACCACCCGUCGAAGGGAGGCCCGAAACACCAGAGAUGCUGCUGUCCCCCAGGCAGAUGAGCGCCAGCCCCGCAGACCACCUGGGACACGGCCGCGAGAGGCACACGGCUCCACGGCUCCACAGAGCGUCAGAGCAGGGUGGCGGGCUGUCCGAGUUAUUCGGAAGGCCCUGCCACCUCGGGAUCAGCUUGCAAGGGCUACAAAGUGGAAAAUGCAAAAAGACCGCACAGGCCUGAUGGUCCAGAAACUGAGUGAAAAGUCCGCAGGUUAUAGAGGCUAGUGAGGCAGGAAGGGCCUUGUCUUUUCUUCUCCAUCCCAAAGGUCAUCAUGUGGUCAGUUCCAUGCCCUCACCUAAGUACUUUUUCAAUUCUUAGGCUUUUUAGAAGUUUCCUUGUCCCCACAGGGAGGACCCUGGAGUGUGCAGUCUUAGUUGCUGCCGGUGUUUACCCAGCGUGGGCAGAAAGGAAAUUCCUCAGAUACAAUACGUUACUACAUUACCAUUUCCUUCUUUCCUCCUUGCAUAGCUGUGUUUUAGAAUGGACCCAUUCGUGGCUCUUUUCACCUCAAAGUAAGGUCAAUAGUAUCUUGGAAAAUGAGCACCCCUUAGUACUUUGGAUGAUAACAUUUUUAGAGAGCUGUUUAGAUUUGCUUUCCUUUUCUAGCCGUCUAAAUGGACUCUUCCAAUACAGGUUCAGAAUCCAAUAUUAGGAGUACAGUGUUUUUUUUAAUUCAAAAGAUUAGGCCUGCCUUACAAAGCACCCCCUCCUUGUUCCCUCAGCUCAGUCAGGGAGCGUCUCACAGCUCCCCCCGGGUACGUGUGUGACUGGCAGCAGCGGGUCCCAGAAAAAGCUGUCAGACCCCCAGCGUCUCCUGCAAGCAUCUCUGAGUUCAGUCAGGCACCAAGAAUUCUACCCCACCCUCCUGACAAGGACACCCGCCUGGGAGGAGGGAGGCACAAAUAGAUGGACUGUGGUUUAAAGACACUGGAAUUAAGGAGCUGAUCAGGGCUUUUCAGUCCGGCUCUGUUCCCGCCCCGUAUCAGACCGCACAUAGACACAUGGAGGUGGCCAGCGUGCGUCCGCCAUCACACGACACCCCUGCCCUACUCUCAGCAUGUGGCGCUUGCAGUGAGGCUGGGGACCUUGUGUGUGAGAGCCAAGCCUCCCUUUAUGGAGGGCUUGGUCUGAACCAGCUUGGAUGGUGAUGAAAUCAGCUGCAUCUCAGCAUGCCGCAGAUGUCUUUCAGGAGUGUUCAGCAGCACACCUUGGUACCUUCCAGCCUCUAGGAUGACUGAUGUUGUGUCUCAAAGGGAGAGAUGAAGCCAGAUGCCUGGUGUGUUGUGAAAGCCAUUGAGUUUAAGGGCUGGAGAGAAGGGUGGAUUUUACUGGGGCCCUUUGUGUGAUUGUGAAAUCGGACACCAGGGCGCGAUGCUCUUCCCUAAGAUUAGGACAUCUCAUUCUGUUUCCCUUCACCCAGGUAUGGGGACUCAGGCUCUGUCCAUUCCAAGAAUCCUAAGGUUGAACUGUGGAGCAAAAUCACCUUUUGCCCCAAGGACUCGUGUAUUUAAAGCAAUAUUCUAUAAGAAUAUGUAAGACUUAGGAUGACACCUUCAGCCACUUAAAGAAGAAAUAGAAGGUGCUAAUUCCAGUAUAGUGUUGAUUCCCCAUCCAGGUAUUACCGGUAACGAUUUUCUAUUGAUUCCCAUACCAGCAGAAGACCUUCCCAUUUGUUCUUUGAGAGAAUGCCUGGGCAGUGCUGACACCAGAGAUGGAUACAGGACUGACCCUCUGCAGACCCCAAAGACUUCAGAUUGAAUUUAGCAGUCCUCGAUGGAGCCCCUGUUACAGACACUGUGAGCAAGUCAAAAACGAUUCGGCCACAAUCCUGCCCUCCGAAAGCUUACCUUCUCCCCGCAGAGGCUAGCCAGCAUGACCGUUCUCCCUUCAGCACCGCAUACUAGGGGCGAUGAAAGCUUCACCCGGGGCCAAGUUAAAAGCAUGCCUAUGACCUCAAUAGUUGGUCUUUCCCUGCUGCCACCGUGGGAAUCCUUGGCUUGUGAGAUCAGAAAUUGGGACAGGAAAAUGCAGAUGAGCACGUGGGGGAGGAGCGCGGUCUCCAGCUGUGUCCCAAAUGGGUACCGUCCUCUCUAGUCCUCUCUAGCGUCUUCUCCCUGCACUGUGAGUUAGCCAGGUUUCCUCCUGUCCUUCAGAAGAUCGCAGUGGCAAUUGGCUAGACAGGCUAUGUGGAGGGAACGCCAUCUCUGAGGCCUUUGAUCCCCAGGCAGCUCAGUCUGGCUUAAGGCAGCAUCACCGGUGUUCUGGAUCCUGGGGGCGGGGCGGGGGGGGCUCCUCAAAGGAAAAGAGAAAUAACAGACUGAUGGACCUUGUCCUUUCAACAGCAUCUUUGGAAGCUCUGAUCCAUUGUCUUUUUACACUGAAAAUAUGGAUUUAGCUGACACUUCAAGGCUAUGGCAGGAUUUACCUAAAUGACUAAGUAACCACCGUUUCCACCUUUCCCUCCCUAGGUUCCAACUCUGAAUACGUUUUUGAAAUAUUAACCUCCUUUGGCAGAAGGGAAACCUGAGUAUCAGAGAGGUAAUAGGACUUGUCCUAAGAGAAGACAACAGGCCAGGGACAGAGUUAGGUUUGGGACCUAGCCUGAUCAUACCCCUAUUUGACCCGUUCUCACCCAGGAAACUGAAGAUAAAAGGUCCAGGAAAAUACACAAAGAACAAAGGGCAGUUUUCUUUGCCCAAGCAUUCGGUGCUAGUUAGUUUUCUCCCACUCAGCCUGCUCCUCUUCUGGACAGAAACCUGGAAUGAAGGGCGUGACACAAGGAAGCCAGGGCAGGGGGCGGGGAGGGGACACAGUAAUCCCUGCUCAUCUGAAACCACAGAAGACUAACCUGACACCCUGGGCCCCAUCAGCAUCAACACUAAACUGCGGACUCCCUGACUUUUUCACACAUGCCAAGGGAACAUUCUUGAUUUCUCUUUGUGACUGCAACCACCUGCAAACCAGAACGAAUCUAGAAUUUCUUUGUCUUUUCUCUCUCUUUUUUUUUAAUUUCUAAUCUCUUGUUGUUUAAGAGGUGUGGGGUUUAUAAGGGACUGAAUCAAAUGAAUGUAACAAAAAGAAAAAAAAAUGCCUUUUCUCAGGGCCAGUGAGUUGCAAAUAAUUUUUAAAGAAAAGCCUAUAAUUGCAUCAUCUCAAUAAAUUUUUUAUUAAAAAAAAAA